ACUUCUUCCGCGAUGGAGCUCCUGGGGAUGGACUAUUUCUGCGCCCAGGUGCAGCAGAAGGACGUGGGCCGCAGGCUGCAGGUCGGCCAGGAGCUGCUGGAGUACGUGGGCGACCCCGCCCGCUCCCCCGACGUGGAGCAGGACCAGCAGCGCCUCGACAAAGUGAUCGACGAGCUGGCGACCUGGGUCAACUCCAGCAACUUUAAGGUGGCGUUACUGGGAUUAGAUGUUUUAGGUGCCUUUGUCCACAGACUAUCGGGACGCUUUAAAUCCUACAUAGGAACUGUUCUCCUGCCUUUGAUAGAUCGUAUGGGAGAUGCCAAAGAUCAAGUUCGAGAGCAAGCACAGAAUCUCAUAUUGAAGUUGAUGGAUGAGGCAGCACCACCCAUGUACAUUUGGGAACGCCUUGCUGUUGGUUUUAAGCACAAGAAUUACCGAUCCCGAGAAGGAGUGUGUUUGUGUCUUAUUGCAACCUUAAACAUUUAUGGUGCCCAAGCAUUAAGUCUCAGCAAGUUAGUACCACAUCUGUGUGCAGCAUUUGGUGACUCAAAUAGUCAGGUGAGAGAUGCUGCCAUACUAGCCAUUGUGGAGGUUUAUAGACAUGUGGGGGAGAAAGUACGACUAGAUCUUACAAAAAGAGGAAUUCCUCCUGGAAGGUUGCAAACAAUCUUUACAAAAUUUGAUGAAGUGAGAGAUUCUGGAAAUAUGAUUUUAAGUAACAUCAGUGACAAAAGCUUCGAUGAUGAAGAGUCGGUGGAUGGAAAUAGGCCAUCAUCAGCUGCUUCAGCCUUCAAGAUUCCUGCACCUAAAAAGCCAGGAAAUCCUUCCAACAGUGCAAGGAAGCCGGGUUCUGCUGGUGGGCCGAAGGUUGGAGGUUCCUCUAAAGAAGGAGGAGCUGGAGCUGUGGAUGAAGAUGAUUUUAUUAAGGCAUUUACAGAUGUUCCUACUGUACAGAUCUAUUCUAGUCGAGAACUUGAAGAAACACUGAACAAAAUCAGGGAAAUCCUCUCAGAUGACAAACAUGAUUGGGAUCAACGAACCAAUGCGCUCAAGAAAGUUCGGUCGUUGCUUGUUGCUGGAGCUGCACAGUAUGAUGGAUUUUUCCAGCACCUACGGUUGUUGGACGGUGCGUUUAAGCUGUCAGCCAAGGAUCUCAGAUCCCAGGUGGUUAGAGAAGCUUGUAUUACUGUAGCCCAUCUUUCAACUGUUUUGGGAAACAAGUUUGAUCAUGGCGCUGAAGCUAUUGUGCCUACUCUUUUUAAUCUGGUUCCCAACAGCGCCAAAGUGAUGGCAACUUCUGGGUGUGCAGCCAUUAGAUUCAUUAUUCGGCAUACCCACGUGCCCCGACUCAUACCUUUAAUAACAAGCAACUGUACCUCAAAAUCGGUUGCCGUUAGAAGGCGCUCCUUUGAAUUUUUAGACCUGUUAUUACAAGAGUGGCAAACACAUUCUUUGGAAAGGCAUGCAGCUGUCUUAGUUGAAACGAUCAAGAAGGGCAUUCAUGAUGCUGAUGCAGAAGCAAGAGUGGAGGCAAGGAAGGCUUAUUUGGGUCUUAGAAAUCACUUUCCUAGUGAAGCAGAGACUCUGUACAAUUCCCUUGAGCCACCUUAUCAAAGAAGCCUCCAGACGUACUUGAAGAAUUCUGGCAGUAUAGCAUCUCUCCCUCAGUCAGACAGGUCAUCUUCUAGCUCACAGGAGAGCCUCAACCGUCCUCUAUCUUCUAAAUGGUCUGCAGCCAGCCCAGCCAGCUUUGCAGGCAGAGUUUCAGGCAGCAGCAAGAGUGUUCCAAGCCCAGGAACUCUGCAAAGGUCUCGCAGUGACAUUGAUGUUAAUGCUGCUGCAGGGGCAAAGGCCCGCCAUGCUUCUGGACAGACAGCUGGAGCUGGGCGCUUGUCAGCAGCUGGUCUGCCGCCAGGAUCUUAUGCUUCACUAGAGGAUACUUCUGACAAGAUGGAUGGAACAGCUUCUGAAGAUGGUCGUAUACGAACAAAGCUUUCAACACCUUCUGUUGGUAUUGGAAAUUCUAAAACAGAUUCCAGAGGACGGAGCAGAACCAAAGUGGUCUCUCAGUCUCAGCCUGGCAGUAGAUCUGGAUCUCCUGGAAGAGUUUUGACAACAACUACGCUUUCCACUAUGAACACAGGGGUUCAGAGAGUGUUAGUGAACCCUGCAGCUGCACAAAAACGAAGCAAAAUCCCAAGAAGUCAGGGAUGCAGUAGAGAAGCCAGUCCUUCUAGAUUGUCAGUAGCGCGAGGCAGCCGCAUUCCUCGGCCUAGUGUGAGUCAGGGGUGCAGUCGGGAGGCCAGCCGUGAAAGUAGCAGGGACACGAGCCCUGUCCGCUCUUUUCCACCCCUUGCUUCCAGACAUCACUCCAGAUCCACUGGUGCCCUCUACGCUCCUGAUGCUUAUGGGGCUACAGGUACCAGCUUUGGAAUUAGUCAGUCGAGUAGAUUGUCCUCAUCAGUUAGUGCUAUGCGAGUUCUGAACACGGGUUCUGACGUAGAAGAGGCAGUAGCAGAUGCUUUGAAGAAGCCUGUGCGAAGAAGAUACGAGUCUUACGGGAUGUACUCAGAUGAUGAUGCCAACAGUGAUGCAUCAAGUGCCUGUUCAGAAAGGUCCUACAGCUCUAGGAAUGGAAGCAUACCAACAUAUAUGAGACAGACAGAAGAUGUGGCUGAAGUCCUAAAUCGUUGUGCUAGCUCUAACUGGUCAGAGAGAAAAGAAGGCCUUCUAGGCCUGCAAAAUUUAUUAAAGAACCAGAGAACUUUAAGUCGUGUUGAGUUGAAAAGGCUGUGUGAAAUCUUCACAAGAAUGUUUGCUGAUCCUCACAGUAAGAGAGUGUUCAGUAUGUUUUUGGAGACACUGGUGGACUUCAUCCAGGUCCAUAAAGAAGAUCUGCAGGACUGGCUAUUUGUACUGCUGACUCAGCUAUUGAAGAAAAUGGGUGCUGAUUUGCUUGGGUCUGUACAAGCAAAAGUUCAGAAGGCACUUGAUGUCACAAGGGAAUCUUUUCCAAAUGAUCUUCAGUUUAGUAUUUUAAUGAGAUUUACUGUUGACCAGACCCAAACACCUAGUUUGAAGGUAAAAGUUGCAAUUCUUAAAUACAUAGAGACUCUUGCACAACAGAUGGAUCCAGGGGAUUUUGUAAAUUCAAGUGAAACUAGGUUAGCAGUGUCUCGAAUCAUCACCUGGACCACAGAACCUAAAAGCUCAGAUGUUAGGAAGGCUGCACAGUCAGUACUCAUUUCUCUUUUUGAACUUAAUACUCCUGAGUUUACAAUGCUGCUGGGUGCUUUACCAAAAACAUUUCAGGAUGGAGCCACAAAGCUUCUUCAUAAUCAUCUCCGUAAUACAGGCAACAGUGGUCAGGGUUCAAUGGGAAGUCCUUUGACAAGACCUACUCCACGCUCCCCAGCAAGCUGGUCAAGUCCUCUCACUUCCCCAACCAAUACAUCGCAGAACACUUUGUCACCAAGUGCAUUUGAUUAUGAUACAGAAAAUAUGAAUUCCGAAGAUAUUUACAGUUCUCUUCGUGGAGUCACUGAAGCUAUUCAGAACUUCAGUUUCCGCAGUCAAGAAGAUAUGAAUGAACCUGUGAAACGGGAUUCAAAAAAAGAUGAUGUUGAUUCAAUUGGCAGUGCUUCUGGAAUAGCAGACCUACGAGCAGGAGGUGGUGUGAGUGAGACAGGCCGAACAGCCCUUGAUAACAAAACAUCAUUACUCAACACAAUGCCUCCUCACUCUUCACCACGCUCACGAGAUUAUAACCCAUACAAUUAUUCUGAUAGUUCAUUUAAUAAAUCUGCUUUGAAGGAAGCCGUGUUUGAUGAUGACGCAGAGCAAUUUCCUGAUGAGCCUCCCAUGGAUCAUUCUGAUCUAGUUGCAGAGUUACUAAAAGAGUUAUCAAACCAUAACGAGAGAGUUGAGGAAAGAAAGGCUGCCUUGUAUGAGCUCAUGAAGUUAACUCAAGAAGAGUCUUUUGGUGUUUGGGAUGAGCACUUCAAAACAAUACUGCUUUUGCUGCUUGAAACACUUGGAGACAAAGAGCAUGCAAUUAGAGCUUUGGCAUUGAAAGUUCUAAGAGAAAUCCUAAGAAAUCAGCCAGCAAGGUUUAAGAAUUACGCAGAGCUCACAAUAAUGAAGACAUUAGAAGCGCAUAAGGAUCCUCAUAAGGAGGUGGUGAGAUCUGCUGAAGAAGCUGCUUCCAUGCUGGCCACUUCCAUUAGCCCAGAUCAGUGCAUCAAAGUCCUUUGUCCAAUUAUCCAGACUGCAGAUUACCCAAUUAAUCUGGCUGCAAUCAAAAUGCAGACAAAAGUCAUAGAGAGAGUAUCUAAAGAAACUCUUACUCAGCUUUUACCAGAGAUUGUGCCAGGUUUAAUACAGGGUUAUGAUAAUUCAGAGAGCAGCGUUCGUAAGGCAUGUGUUUUCUGCCUUGUAGCCAUUCAUGCAGUAAUUGGUGAUGAACUAAAACCACAUCUCAGUCAACUCACUGGCAGUAAAAUGAAGUUAUUGAACCUUUACAUCAAGCGUGCACAAACAGGCUCUGGACCAGGGGAUACCACAGCAGAUAUGUCUGGACAAAGCUAAUGAAGCUGACAAGAAUUAACCAGCUCUCCUAAAGCAAGGGCAAAGCCCUCAUCAAGUGAAAGGAAAAUUCUUACACACAACUUUUGGAACCCUUGUUACUUUUUCUUUUUUUUUUCUUCUUUUUUUUUUCCUUAACCAAUGGCUGUCUUCAGCCUGCAUGUGACUGUUACAAUAGAAUUAUUCCAAAUCUAAGGAAAAGCAGUAUUAACAUCAGUUGAUCAAAGCAAAAUAAAAUUUAAAAAUAAUCUAAUUCAUCAGUUAUCCUGUUGCAAUCCUCUGUGUCUUCCCAUUAACUUUUGCCAGUGUUAUUGUAUUAAAAAAAGGGUUUUUUUAAUGCUAAUUAUACAGGUAUGCUUUAAGCUUCAGAAGUUAAAAUAUAAAAUUCUGUUGCUUUUUUUCAGCUGCAGAUAACAUUGUUUUUAUUGCUAUUUUGUUUGAGUAUUGUGUCCUUCGCUAGAAACAAGAAGUGAUGUGAAACUAGGCUGAACUAGUCUGAACUGCAGUGAGACUCGGUCACUGUUGGUGGUUCAUCAUCUUAUUUACAGCUUGUUUGGGAUAUUCUGGAGAUUGAGAAGUAUGCCUAUAAAAAAAAGCUGGAUCGAUCCAGUUCUGUACAAGUGAUAUUGUUCAUUGGUUGUAUGUUUGUUGCAUAAAUAAGAAUUUAAUGUGCACAGCAGAGGGCUGGUACAACCAGUGCCUCUUAGUGUGGGAGACAGCCCUCUCAGGGUAGCACUGCCGACCUGGUGACAGAGUGGCAGUCUGCUUUUAGCAGCAGACUUAAUGGUCACUUGAUGGACGUGAACCAUCCUUGCCACCUUUCGUUCUUCAAGCAGGAUGCUUCAGAAUGGAGUGCUCUGCCCAAGCAUGCUCAGUAUGUAUUUAUCACUAGAAUGUUUCCUCUCAACCUAAUUGCUGGAACCAGUAGUCUUGUAUUGUAACUCACAUGGGAUUUUAUGACAACAGUGCAGAAAACUAUUUAUUCGUUAUCUUCCUAAAAGCACCAAGAUUUUCUGCAUUGAAUUUUAAUGGUGGGAGGGGGGGGAGGGAAUAGUCACAAAUGCUAUCAAUCUUGCCACCUUCUAAUUUAAAAAAUUAUAUAUUUUGGAUGAGUUGGGAAAGCUGCACCAAACUGUUUGCAUGGUUUUCUUGAAUAGCAUCCUCAAGACCCAUCUGGAUUAAGGUGUGGAAAUGUUUCCAGGGUUUGUUUUUCCAUUUUUGAAAAAGAGUUAGUUUAUUGUGAAUAAUGGUUCUUUGUAUUUAUGAACUUGACGAUGGAAAGAGAAAAAAUAUCAACUAAAUGUGUCCCUAAACGUUCUCAUCUUUUUUUAUUUUUUUUUCUCUUUUUUUCUUUUUCUUUUUUUUUUUUCUUUUUUUUUUUUUUCCUUUUUGUCUUUGAUAUAAGCAACAAGUUAGUUAACUGAGAACUGGGAUAAGCAGCACCCUUCCCAGAAAUGAUGGAAACUCUUUUUCCCUAGCUUUUCUUUCCCUUUGAUUGUGGUGUUGUCUAGUUGUAGGAAUAUAUCCUGAUAAGAGAGAAAACUGUAGUGCCAAGGAUGAUGAUCAAUGCUAGGCUAAAAUUCUCUCUACCUCUUCAGGGUGACUAAUUUUUGGCUGAGCUGCUGCAUAUAGCACCUGGUGGAAGAACUAUCUACAGCAAAAGUCUUUGUUUUUCCCAAAUUAUCACUUACUGCAUAUUGAAAACCGUUCUUCAACACACAGCCAAAUAUUGCAAGAACUGCUUAUACACUUUGCUUGCUAAGUACCCUGAAAACCAAAACUGAAUGAAAAAAUGUCAGAUGCUUGUAGUUACAUGAAAGGUUGUUUUCACUUUAGCUUGAAGUGAACCUGAUAGAAAAGCUGAGAUGUUGUUGUUAAAGAAGCAAUGCCGUUACAGAGAUUUAUUUGGAGGAAAAGUUGUAGAAAUAUAUGUAAAGACUUUAAAUCGAGGCUGUCAUAACUUGUCACUAGCCCUUCUUAACAGCUACAUCAGGAAAAUAGUAUCUCCUCUUUCUUUCCUUUGUUACGUGUAACAUUCUUGUUGUUUUCUACCGUUUAAUUACAUUGUGUAUUUAUAGUUCUAUGCUUACCAUUGUGCAUAUACUGGCAAUAAAAUGUACAUAACAUUACUUGAAAAAAAUUAGCAAUGUAUACAUUCUGUUUUUCUGAGUUAUUUGAUCACAUGUUAUAAGAGAGAUAUAAAGUCAUUGAAGCAACGUUGGUUAAAAAAAAUAACCUUGAUGUUUUUGUGUCUAAAUGAUGUUUCUUUAGAUUCUCUGCUAUAAAUCCGACAGCAUUUGAGAACAUGGUGUGAAUAUAGGUAUGGUAGACAAAAGUAGUUUGGGAAAUUGAAUAGGAUCUUUAUGAAUACCAAAUUUCCUUCAUCUCAGCAGGCUUCUUGUUUGCUGCUUCUUUUCUUUGUACAUUAUGCAUUGCUAGCAUUUUAUUUUUUUAAUAUUUCAGAAAUAUUUUUCAGUUUAAUAUCUUCUAGCUUAACAUUUUGAUUAUGUGAAAUAUCAUUUUAAAAAAAUGGCACAAAUUCUAAGUUUAAUAGUCCCAUAUAUUAUUCCUGCUUUUUCUACAGGUAAUAUUUAUUUUCAAAUGAUCAUUUCAAGAUGACUUUCCUCAGUCAUCUUUUUGAAGAUGUUAUUUCAUACUGAAAAAAUAAGUUUAUUGAAACAUACCAUAUAUAUUCUGGAUGGACGUAAUUUUUUAUCUGUAAACAAAAGUUGGUGAGAAAGAAAUGUUUUUAUCCCCUAUGACUGAAAAGUUUUACUCCAGGGGGAGGAGAGGAGAUAUUUACACAAAGUUUGUCCCUUGGUUAUGCUUCAAAGACUCCUGUAAUUGUUCUAAGUGUGACAUCCCAUGUACUAAAAAUCUAAAUGCUAUAUGUUUAAAUGAAUAUUUUAAUUAUGAUCUGACUAGUUGUGUUCCCAACAAAGAUGGGGCUCCUGUAAGUGCUUGGAGUUUGUAUUAAAUGAAGCCAUCAGAAUGUAAGAAAUUGCAACAAAAUGUUCUCUGCUGCAGCCAGUUACCAGAUUUGCUGCAUUGCUUUUUGCCUUCAUUUCCUAUGUUACGAAUAGACAGUAGCUCAAUUAAAAUUGAGCUGUGAUUAGUCAUGCCUUACGUUUGUACUGCAGGUGGUUUAUCUUAGAAACAAAAAACCCACAACCAUAAAGUCCUGUGAAAAAUCAGGACAAUUACCUUUGUUCUUUGUCAGAAAGGCUUUCUUAAUAUCCUGUAAAGAUAGGACAUUGCAGUGGUUUGAAUACUGAAACGUGAUUCUUAAAGGUUGAUUUGGGGCUUAAAAAGAAGGAGGAAAGAAAACUACAUGCAGAAUCAGGAUAGAAAUGCAUGUCUUGGAUGUCUUGGACUUGGAUGUCUUUUGCUUUAAAUGAUUUUGGGUAACAUGUUCAGCUAAAAUUGGGAUAGUAAAUGUAAAUUGAAAGGAGAGUUGAUCAUGUAAAUUUUCCUGAGUUUGGUUGCUUGUUUGUUUUUAAAGAUAAAGACUGGAACAGAUUGAGUUGUCUUUAUUAUUUGUGGUUGGAAUCCCAGAGUGAAAAGAACAAAUGCUGAUAUCCUGAAACAGACCUGCGUGUUAUUAACAGCUUCUAAGAAUGUUUAAAUGUUUGAGUAAAUUCACAAACACGUCCGUGGAGAAUGCCUGUAGAAACUGAAGGCCUGAGCUGCUCACAGUUUAAUUUCCAGCAGAAGACUUCAGAUUGUGAAUAUAACAUUGUCCCUUUGAAAAUACUCAUAAAAGAGAAAACAGAGGAAUUCAUGUGAGUUAUGCUACAGUUAAUCCCUACGACAGGCUAGUGAGAAUGGUUUGGUUGGUUGUGGAGUACGCUGACAGAAACACAAAAUACAGUAAAAAUAAGAUAAGGAUAGAUGGGCAGUUUGGGAGCAGAGGGAUUAUCUGGGGAAAUUAAAUUCGUGCUUCCUCCCAACUGAAAUAAUUAACUGAUUAGUUUUGCAGUUGUAGUCUACUUUAAUGUAAGAUAAAAGUUAUUUGUGCUAUGUCCUCUAAAGGAAAACUUCUGUUUUCCUUUCUAAGUUUCAUAGUUAAGUCUUCCAUGUCUUCAGAAGCACAUACUGUAAGCAUUUGCCUCAUACAUCACGAAUGUUCUGCUAAAUGGAUUUUGCUUCUGUUAGAACAUGUUUGACUCCUGGUAAUUUGGGAAGUUUGGGAAAUCAUGAUAGUUGCCAAGUGGGAAAAAAAAAAAAACAAAUGCAAUUUCCUUUUUUUCUAUGUAUCUUGUUUUUGCAUGUAUAUUUAAGUACAUUUUGUGACUUUGGGGUUCUCAAGCUGGGCAGUUUGGGUUACUCCAACUAAAGAAGUUCUUUCAUCUGCUGUCAGGAUUUUCGGGUAAUAAACGCGUUUACUUGGAAGUUC